CUGAGCUCGAACAGUCACUAGCCAUCGCUGAGAUGGUGUUGGGCGUUAUCGGUAUCGCAGCAGGCGGCGUUGCCAUACCCUUGGCGGCAUCUGGAGUAGCUGCCUCUGUUGCCAGCAUCGCGCAAGGUGCUGGUGCUCAACAGCAAGGGAAGGCGGCAUCAAAACCAGCAAAGCCACCUGAUCCAGAUGACCCUCGACUGAAAAAGUUCACCCUCAUAGCGCAUUGCAGCGAGGACUCGCCGUUAAAGGACCAGGUGGAAGGCAAGCAGGUAGUCUUGCGUGAUCGAAAGCUGUAUCUUGAUGAUCAGGAUUCUUCGCAGCGGAAAUUCGAGGAUGGGCAUGGAUUCAGUGGGUUCUAUGUCGAUUACCCUUGGAACGAUAAGCCGCGAGGGCUUGUCAGCACCAUCAGACCAGACCCACCGGAACUGAACUGGAUAUAUGUGAACAAAGAUACUUUGUUGGUCGAGCAUGGAGGCAAGACACAGAGUCUUCCUCACAUGGUAGGGCCCUGGGACUGGACAGAGAACCAAGAAUGGUUGUUGUUCGAGGGCUGGGAGGGCUUUGCGGUGAUGGAGGAAAGCGAGGGAUGUUGGCUUCUAUGUUACGACCGCGAACAGGACCAUUUGGCUAGCAUAAGAGGAGAAAAAAGAGUAGUAAAAUGCACGCUGGAAAGAAUAGUAUCAAGUCCGCCCGUAAAAUAGAAAACCAUUGCAAACCUUGCUGAGGGCCUAG